GAGUACUACCAGCAGGUGGGCCGCGCCGGCCGCGACGGCCUGCCCGGCGAGUGCGAGCUGGUGUGCGCGGAUUCGGACUUCGUGAAGCUCCAGAGCGACUUCUACCUGGGCGGCCUGGGUCCACAGGCGCGCCAGGCCGCCGAGGCCUCGAUCGGGGCGCUCCGGGACUUCGCUUCGCAGACCGCGCAG